CCGGCGGAGCUCAACGACAGACCCAUCAUCGGGAUAUUGUCACAGGAAUGUCACUAUGGUGAGUUCCAGAGAUUCGGAAGAUCGUAUAUUGCAGCUUCGUAUGUGAAGUUUGUGGAAUCUGCUGGUGCCCGAGCUGUGCCAAUAAGAUUAAAUCUUACAGAUGAAGAAUAUGAUAAGAUAUUCUACUCUAUUAACGGGGUACUUUUUCCAGGAGGUGGUGUGGAUCUUAAGACUUCAGAAUAUUCGAGAGUUGCUAAGAUAUUUUAUGACAAGGCAUUAGAGGCUAACGAUAAAGGAGACUAUUUCCCCAUAUGGGGAACAUGUCUUGGACAUGAAGAGCUUACAUAUCUCACAAGUGGUGACAUUUUACUUGUUCGUACCAAGACAAAUGGAUUUUCACUUCCUCUGAACUUUACCUCAGCUGCAAAAGACAGCAAAUUGUUCAGGAAUUUCCCUGAUGAUGUGUUACACGCACUUGCUACUGAGCCAUUGACAUCAAACUUCCAUAUGUGGAGCCUCUCCAUGGAGAAUUUCACAACUAAUGAAAAGCUUCGUGAUUUCUAUAAUGUUCUGACCACUAACACUGAUGAUGAACUGGAGUUUAUAUCUACCAUGGAAGCAUACAAAUAUCCAAUUUAUGGCAUUCAGUGGCAUCCAGAGAAAAAUCCCUUUGAGUGGAAAGAUUCUCCAGGCAUUCCACACUCCCCAGCUGCUGUAAGAGCAGCAUAUUACAUGGCUGAUUUCUUCGUUAAUGAAGCCCGGAAGAGCCUGCACCAUUUCCCCAGUGAAGAUGAGGAAACAAAAGAAUUGAUUUAUAAUUAUACUCCAGUUUAUACAGGACCAUUUUCUGCAUUUCAGCAAACCUAUUUUUUUGAUUGAGUAUCUUGUCAAAGGUGCAGUGUUGUUAUUUAUAAAUGGAAUUAUUUGCUAGCAUUGUAUAAUUAAUCUGCUAUAGUGACAGAGAGGCAGAAUAGUUUUCUUUUGCAAUGAUUUAUUCUGUGUAUCUUCUGUACUGUUGGAACAUUAAUAUAAAAAUUUACAGUCAGUAACAUAAUAAUCAUCUUGGAUCACACUUUAAGGCAAGCUACAGAAAAAUGCAUUUUUUUUUCAGGGAAGAAAGAGGACUUGAUUAUGCUUAUAAACUUAGAAGUAAUCACCUUUAGUACAAGGAAAAGCUUUCAUAUAUUUUAAAAUAUGACAGAUAUCUUUGUAAAAUGUUGUGGACUAUGAUAGCACUAGACACUUAGAUGCAUUGCUUAGUAAAAUUCUGUCAGUGAUUUGAGAAAUGAGUCUCUUGGGUUUGUCAUAAAUAUGUGUAUGCAACCAAGUUCUUGACAAGGACUCUUUUGUCAUUGCAAAUAUUGACCAAAAUGGUAAAGAGGCAUGACAGCAAAAAACAACCCACAUUUUUGCCUAA